AGCUGUGACCCGAACCACAGUGCUCAUCAAAGAUGGUAGUGCCUUCUGCAUUGCACUAAAUGAUAAAGCCUAUUUAUUCCUAUGCCUUUCUUGGUAAAAAACCACCUGCGAUUUCAGAUAAGUCUUUCUGCUUAGAGCAAGAAGUGAAACUAAGGUGACACCUAGAAAAAUGAAGGAAGUCAUUUCUUAUUUUUUCCAUAAGAAUAUCGACCUAGCUUCAAUUGCUUCAGUUGGAGCUGCUGUCGGUAUUGGGAUCCUAUUCGUUUUCGCACUCCACAGAUGGAGUGUUCCUUCACUCACCCAGGAACCCAUUCCCCGUCGCAUCUGGGAAUAUGGCAAAGAGCUCAGCUUCUUCCAAAUGAGAAUGUCGACUCCUUGAAUGUCAAUCGAUAUCUCGAGGAAAUUGCGCAUGUCCUCGAAUUUCGAUUUUUUGAUCAACAAGCCAUUGAAUCACUUCCAGGGGGGCACUCCUGGGUGGAGCUUGCGAGGACUGUAAUUUCAAGGACGAUCAGUCCGGAUUUGACCGAUAUCAACAUUCUCGCCUACGCCUAUUGCAUAUUAAUGGAGAAGGGGCAAUCCAAUGAGAUAAUGAUAGAAGCCCUUAAAAUCCAGCUUCUAUGGCUGCAAGGGUUAUCCAUUUCAUAGGCAAGGGUGGGGGAGAAGCAAGCCGAACCUCUGAUCAACCCGGACACGUCCAAAAUUCUCGGCAUCGAGAGAAAGACGAGAUUCAGUAAGUAAUUUAGUGAGUGCUUUCUUUUAUAAGAAGAGCGUCAACUUGGAAGAAGAAAAUGAAAUACGAACAACUGCGCUGGUUGUAAUAGAUCGACUUGAAUGCGUCUUCUUGCUCCAGCAUUCAAGUUCCAUUUCAAGGAAGGACGACGUACCAUGAUACUUUCUGUUUUGUUGAGCCCUGCUUUGGUCUCUGGUUUGAUGGUUGUACGUGCUAAAAAUCCGGUACAUUCCAUUUUGUUUCCCAUCCUAGUCUUUUGCGACACUUCUGGUUUACUUAUUUUGUUAGGUCUCGACUUCUCCGCUAUGAUCUUCCCAGUAGUUCAUAUAGGAGCUAUUGCUGUUUCAUUCCUAUUCGUGGUUAUGAUGUUCAAUAUUCAAAUAGUGGAGAUUCACGAAGAAGUAUUGCGCUAUUUACCAGUGAGUGGUAUUAUUGGACUGAUCUUUUGGUGGGAAAUGUUCUUCAUUUUAGAUAAUGAAACCAUUCCAUUACUACCAACCCACAGAAAUACGACCUCUCUGAGAUAUAUGGUUUAUGCUGGAAAGGUACGAAGUUGGACUAAUUUGGAAACAUUGGGCAAUUUACUUUAUACCUACUAUUCCGUCUGGUUUUUGGUUUCUAGUCUAAUUUUAUUAGUAGCUAUGAUUGGGGCUAUAGUACCGACUAUGCAUAGGACUACAAAGGUGAAAAGACAGGAUGUAUUCCGACGAAAUGCCUUGGAUUCUAGGAGGACUAUAAUGAGGAGGACGACUAUUCAGAACAAAAGGUGCUUCUCCUCCAAAGCGGAGGGCGGGUCAUCCAACAAAAAGGAGGAAUUUGAAUCCUUUUCGUUGGAGCACUCUGACUAUAAAAACUUCCCUGGGUUAAAGGAUCAUAUCGACAAGCUUCUAGAGGUGCUUGAACCCAGGGAGAUCCUAUUCUUAGUUCACUCUUUUCCUAGAGACAUAAUUCUACUCGACAUCUUGUCACCGCUGGAUAUUAAGAAUAUCAUAGCGGCCCUGCACAAGCAGGCAGAAGAGUAGCGAUGGAAAAGCGU